GCAAGACGUUCAUAAUUGUCGUGCUUCUGUUGUGAAAGGACAUGGAGUACGGAGAGGGGCCGUCUGAGUAGUUCUGAUCGACCCAUUUGGACCUGUGCCUCAGUAAACCACCACAUUGAGUCAAGCCACCUAGAUGUAAAGGGUCUGUGCGCUUCAAGCUGUCAUGGAUAUCUUUCCCCGACCGAGUGGUGAAAUUCAGAGGAAGAACCCUCAACAUGACUUCGAGCUCAUUCAGAGGGUGGGAAGUGGCACAUAUGGAGACGUCUACAAGGCUCGAAACAUCCAAACAGGAGAGCUUGCUGCUGUCAAGAUUAUAAAACUGGAACCAGGAGAUGACUUUUCCAUCAUUCAGCAAGAAAUCUUCAUGGUGAAGGAGUGCAUGCACCACAAUAUUGUGGCCUACUUUGGGAGCUACCUUUGUCGAGAGAAGCUGUGGAUCUGCAUGGAGUACUGUGGGGGAGGAUCUCUGCAGGAUAUUUAUCAUGUGACGGGACCUCUGUCAGAGCUUCAGAUUGCUUAUGUCAGCAGAGAAACUUUACAGGGUUUGGGAUAUCUGCAUGGCAGGGGCAAGAUGCACCGAGACAUCAAAGGUGCCAACAUACUUCUAACAGACAACGGAGAUGUGAAGUUAGCUGACUUUGGAGUCGCAGCCAAAAUAACAGCCACGAUUGCCAAAAGAAAGUCCUUCAUCGGAACACCUUAUUGGAUGGCUCCAGAGGUAGCAGCCGUGGAGAAGAACGGGGGCUACAACCAGCUGUGUGACAUCUGGGCCGUGGGCAUCACGUCCAUCGAGCUGGCCGAGCUGCAGCCUCCAAUGUUUGACCUGCAUCCAAUGAGGGCUUUGUUUUUGAUGUCCAAGAGUGGUUUCCAGCCUCCUAAGCUUAAAGACAAAAACAAAUGGUCUGCUGCUUUCCAUAACUUUGUUAAAGUUUCUCUCACAAAAAACCCCAAAAAGCGCCCCACAGCUGAGAAACUUCUAUCGCAUGUGUUUGUGGCCCAAACGGGGCUGACACGGAGGCUCGCCGUCGAUCUCUUGGACAAAAUGAACAACCCAGAUAACCACCAACAUUACGUUGGAGGGGACGAUGACGAUGACAUUGAGAUCAUCCCUGAUGUCCGACACACCAUUCGUCCCACCCCCAAACAAGGCAAACCUGAGAGGACGCACUCAGACAGCGACAAGAUUCACAUCUCGAAGGAAACUGAGGCGCAUUCUGAAAUGGAUGUGAAUAAAGAUCAUGACUUCCCCUCGCGAUGGAGUCCUUUUAGAGAAGGAGGACUCACACCCAGGAGCCUUCUGAAAAGUGUUGAGGACGAGUUGUUCCAACGCGGACACAUGGCCCAUCUGGAAGACGCCUUUGAAGAAGUUGAAGUGUCGACACUCAAGCCGUGUGCUCCUCCUCCUCUGCCCCCGAAGCCGCGGAUAAACAGCUCGUCGGAGGAGCUGGGGCUAAGCGAAGAAAAGUCCCUGACCAUUCGCAGUUUCUCCAACCCGGUGAACGGGCCGAGCCAGGCGGGCCGCCGGCAGAGCACGCCCGAGCCGGGCUACAAGGCGGAGAACUCGUCUUCUAAUUUCCUCUCAGUCAGCGUCAGCAGCCCGGGCAUUUUGUCUCAUGACUCCGAUUCUGAUGAUUCAGACGGAGGGGAUAAUGGCGGCGGUACCAAGCCGCCGCAGCAGCAUCGGAAAGAGAAAAGGGAAUUUCCUAAACCAGCGAUAAACGGCCUUCCUCCCACUCCUAAAGUGCUGAUGGGAGCCUGUUUCUCUAAAGUGUUCGAUGGAUGUCCACUGACCAUCAACUGUGCCACCUCCUGGAUCCACCCAGACACCAAAGAUCAGUACCUAAUCUUUGGAACGGAGGAGGGCAUCUACACGCUGAAUCUGAACGAGCUGCACGAGGCCACCAUGGAGCAGCUUUUCCCAAGGAAGUGUACGUGGCUGUACGUUAUCAACAACAACCUGAUGUCUUUGUCAGAAGGGCGAUCCUUCCAGCUGUACUCCCAUAACCUCAUCGGGUUGUUUGAGCAGCUGAAGAAGUCUGGCCUGGUGGCUCAGUUCCAGACGCAUCACUUCCCUGACAAGUCUUGGCUACGGCGAUUUGCUUUGACGACAAAGAUCCCCGACACAAAGGGCUGUCAUAAAUGCUGCAUCGUAAGAAACCCGUACACGGGCCACAAGUACCUGUGUGGGGCCCUUCAGUCUGGGAUUGUCCUGCUGCAGUGGUAUGAGCCCAUGCAGAGGUUCAUGCUCAUAAAGCACUUUGACUUCCCACUUCCAAACCCGCUGCAAGUGUUCGAGAUGCUGGUUGUACCGGAGCAGGAGUAUCCUCUGGUGUGCGUCGCCAUCAGCCAGGGUACAGAGCCGGGCCAGGUGGUCCGCUUCGAGACCAUCAACCUCAACUCCUGCUCCUCCUGGUUCACAGAAAUGGGAACGAGUAAUCGGCAAGUGGAUGCGAUCCACGUCACGCAGCUGGAGAGGGACACGGUGCUGGUGUGUUUGGACAAAAAUAUCAAGAUCGUUAACCUCCAGGGCAAACUCAAGUCCAACAAGAAGUUGGCUUCUGAGCUCAGCUUCGACUUCUGCAUCGGAGCGGUCGUGUGCCUUCAGGACAGUGUCCUGGCCUUCUGGGAACACGGCAUGCAGGGAAAGAACUUCAAGUCUAACGAGGUGACUCAGGAGAUUUCUGAUCCAAGCAGAGUCUUCCGCCUCCUCGGCUCUGACAGGGUGGUGGUUCUGGAGAGCCGACCCACGGACAAACCCUCGAUCCUGAAGAACAUUUACAUCCUCGCGGGUCACGAGAACAGUUACUGAUCCUCCUCCAGAACCAGCUCCUCUUCUCGCCGUGAGGAGCAGCUCAGUCUGGGAGGAACCUCCAGGUUUGGACCUGCAGCUUUGACCCGAUUGUUGGGAGAUUCGGUGCUGACCUCUGACCUCUUGAGGACCAGCGUUCAUCAGGAGGCCGAUGUGGACCGGACCAGCUCAAAAGAACUUUUGAGCAGAACCUGGUGUUUUUAUGACUGUACUGUGAAGUGAGUCCAGUUUCCUCCAGGCGUUCUUGACUAAAGUGCCAUUAAAACUCACAGUGAUUGUAUUCUAAACAACGGGAGAGGAAUAAUAGUCUUUAACCGGAUCGUUACCGGCAGCAGACGGCGUGAGGUUUUACCGUGGUUCAACGCCCAGGAGCAUUGUGGGAGUUAAACCAGUAUUUAUGAACCUCGUCUUCAGAGGGAACGUUUGGUUUCCAUUCGCUGACGGAGUCACGUCAUUUUUACUGCUUUGUAACGUCGUCGUCUCCGCAGCGCUUUUAGAACUUGGAUAUGAUGUACGUCUUCUCUUUUAUUGACCUUUUACUUCCUAAUAUUUGCACCAUUUAAGCACUUUUGUACAUGUUUUUUAUUUAAAAUAAAAAGACGAAC